GGUGGUCAGUGGCUCUUCGCUUUUUUCCUCUUUAACCAAGGGCAAAUGCAAGCGUCUUACCCCAAAUAGGUACUUUCAAAUUCAAGGGGCUUAUUGCGCGAUCCACUUUAACUGCGAAACUGGAACACUCAAGCGAUACUUAUUGCCCAUUUCAUUACUUGCAACUGUCAUGCAGCAGCCGCUAAGACACGUGCAGUGGUGCAGCCGCUUUUGAAAUUUGAUACGGAUCUUUACGAUGCCAAGCGAUGAAAUUCUAGCGUCCAAGUGCGAGGGUCUCAGACGGCGUUACUGACAGCACCUCAAGCGGCUUUUCUGGAUCGGCGGAUGUCACUGGCGCGUCACGCAUCAGGCGGUUUACCGCGCGAGACCGUCACGGAACACGGAGCUCUCACUCCCCGCGUCUGGGGAGCGGUGUCAGACGUCAGUCAGCUCCCGCCUGCAGUCGGCUCCUCGGGUCUGUCAGGGGUCAGUCAGUCACCCGGGUCGCCAGCUCUCCGGUGACAGGGGACAGCGGCGAUGGCCGCGGCAGCCGGCGUGUGGCGCCGCUGGCAGCUUGUCCUUGCGUUGCUUCAGGCUACGGAUGGUUUCGGCUCAAACAUUACCGCCAGUGUACCUGAAGCUGCUCCUCCGGAGGAUGGGAUCGUCUGGUCCAGGGACGCAGUGAUUCGACGUCUCGUGAAAGACUUCGUGAAUGAGCUCAACAUCGACUACAUCAACUUCAUCAUCGAAGACGGGGCGCUGCUGCGGAAGGUGUGCGCGACCACCGUGCACCAGCUGUACACGGGCCGUCAGCGCGCGUUCCACGUCACGUGCAGCCGGCAGCUGGGUGACUGGGCGGCCUCCCAGCGGAGCGCGCUGGUCAGCGGACGGGGUCUGACCGUCAGCGCGGCCCCGUCGGCCGUCCAGCUGGCCGCCCAGCUCGCCUAUCUGACCGAGAGGAGCCGCUUCAGCGAGCAGAUCCUGGUGAUCACCGAGGACGACUGGGUGCCGGACGUGGCCGAGCACAACAGCCACUGGUUCCAGGCGCGCCUCGGCCAGGUCAGCGGCAGGAUGGCCGAUGGGCGGAAGAGUGUGUGCCGUUGUGUGUGUUAG